AUGGAUCAACAAGAUUACUUGCCCAGUGAAAUUAAGGAUGCCUUAAUUUCUUUACAUGAUGAACAUUUCAGUUAUCAAAAAUAUUUGAACGUAUUAAAGGAUUAUAUAUAUUUAGAUCCAAUAAAGAAUAUUAAUACAUUAAUUAAUUAUAUUUUAGAUAAUAUUAAUAACCAUGAUAUAGAGAAAAAUAUUUGUCAUUAUUUAUCGGAUGUAAUUAUAUAUAUACAAGAUAUAAAUAAAAUAAUAAGUGAAGAAAAUAAUAUUAUAGAAGAAAAGUUAGAUGAAAGUGAUUAUUCAAAUAGUUUAUUUUAUGAAGAAUAUCGUAUAAAAAUAAAAGAUGAGAAAUUAAAAAAAUAUGAUGUAGGUGAUUAUCGUAUAAAUCUUAUACAAAAUUGUACUAGAAAUGUAAAUUACUUAAAAUUAAUGUAUAUUAUUAGUAAUGUAAUAUUACCAAAAAAUGGUUAUGUUUUAUUUAUUAAUAUAUUUCAUAAACAUGAAAUUAAUUAUCAAUAUAAAUUAUUAUCAUUAGAAUAUUUUGCAAAUAUUGCAAAUAAAAUUAAUAUAGAUAGAGCUAAAUACAUUGCACAAAUUCUUCCUCUAAUUUUAGAAAAAUUUUAUAAUACAGAUGGAGAACCUUAUUAUAAUGAUAAUAUAAAUAAUAUAGAUAUAUUAUUAUCUAUGUGUAAAUUCAUUAAUAUAUUAUGUGAUGAAUCUAUAAAAGCACAAGAAGAUGAUAAACAAGAUGUUGCAUUAUAUUCUAUAGUUGCAUUUAUUAUGAGAAUUAUUUGUUAUCAUAGUGUAUAUUUACCUAUUAAUAGAAAUGUUGAAAAAUUAGGUAAAUAUAUUUAUUAUGAUCAUAUUAAUUAUAAUGAAUGUUUAAAAGAAUAUAGUAAUUUAACAUAUAAUUUAUAUAAAUCAAAAAAACAUCUCUUAAUAAAAAAUUGUUUAUCUUCAUUAAUAUGGAGACUUUCUAUUAUUAAUCCAAACCUACCUAGAACAAUAGAAAGAGUAAAUAUUCUUAUACCUAAUACAAAAACAUGUGCUCUUGAAAAUUCUACUAUGGAAAUAUCUAUACUUUGUUAUUUAAUUUUGAUAGAAAGAGUUAAUAUAAAUUCGUUUCCUCUUGUUUUCUCAGAACUAUAUUUACUUAAUUUAAUGAUUAGAAAUAGUUAUAAUUUAAUUUUAUGUGUCUCCAAAGCAAAGGAAAGUUUAAGAGAUAGUUUACUUAUUAAAGCAUAUCAUUUUAUUAUUGUGUGCUGCUUUUUAUCUAAAUGUAUUUAUAAAAAAAAUAAAGAAUAUUAUACUAAUAUUUAUAAAUUUAAAUGGAGACCUUAUGAUUUUCUUAAAUUAAUAUAUGAAACCAUACAUAAUUAUAAUCACUUGAAAUUUUAUACUAAACAUAUUUAUUAUUCUAUAAGUAAUAUUAUGAGGAAUUUCCAAUGGGACAUUUUUUUUUCUAUAUAUAACAGAUUGAUAAUUGAAUCGUCAUCCGACACUGUAAGAAGUAUUAUAUCAUCUUAUGUAAAGGAUGAGCUUUUUAAAAAAAUGAUCCAUGUUGUUGAUAGUGUUCAACAGAUUGAUAUGAUAACAUGUGAGUCUACGACUCAAGAAAUAUUAAAAGGAGAAGAUGGUAACAAUUUUGUUAAGGAGAAGGAAAUAAAUAAUAAACAAUAUUCUUCUACAAAUGAUUAUAAUAAUAAUGAUAUUAAUAAAGAACAUAUCCCUUAUAAUAUAACUUCCAACAUACAAUCAAAAAAUUCAAAAGAAAAUGAAAUACAUAAAAUAGGAUGCCAAAUAAAAAAAAUAGUUCAUCAACUUAUAGGAGAAGAAUCUGUUCUUCUAUAUAUAGAUUCCAUCACAGUAGCAUUAAAUAUAAUAAAAAUGAUUUUGUUAAAUAAAAGGUUUACACAAUUUUAUAAAUAUAUAAUAAAAUUAGAUGAAACAUCUACAUGUUUCAUACAAAAUAAAAUGAAAUAUUUUUGUGAUCAAAUAAAGAUAGAAAAAUCUGUAUUAUCAUAUGAAAAUCAAAAAAAUAAUAAUUCCAUAACCCAAAUAAAUGAUAAUAACGAUAUUUUACAGAAUGAGCAAAAUUUAAAUAUUACAUUUAAUAAUAUUAACAUGAACAAACUGGAUAUUGUUCUUAUGCUUUUAUCGGACAUAGAAAAAAGCAUAGCAGAAAUGAAGCAAAAUAUAAACACAAACACAAACACAAACACAAAAGGAUAA